AUGUGUCAACUGCGGGACACGGUCCAGUCGACGGCGCUCGCCGUCCUCGGUCGCGCUCCCCGCCAACACCAGGACUGGUUCGACGACAACGACGCCGCCAUCAGAAAUCUGCUUGCUGAGAAGAACCGCCUCCACAAAGCCUACGUAGAUCAUCCCACUGAGGACAACAAAGCUGCCUUCUACCGCAGUCGCCGACAGCUUCAGCAACGACUGCGCGAGAUGCAGGACGCCUGGACUGCUCGCAAAGCUGAGGAGGUCCAAGGCUACGCGGACCGCAACGAAUGGAAGAACUUCUUCUCCGCGAUCAAAGCUGUCUACGGUCCGCCGACGAAGGGCACUGAUCCUCUCCUCAGCGCCGACGGCAGCACUCUCCUGACUGAGAAGACGCAAAUCCUAAAGCGAUGGGCCGAGCAUUUCCAGGGUGUCCUCAACCGCCCUUCCGUCAUCUCCGACGCCGCCAUCGCCCGCUUGCCGCAAGUGGAGACCAACGUGGACCUCGACCUCUCGCCAUCUCUCCAGGAAACCAUCAGGGCCGUGCAGCAACUCUCCAGCGGGAAAGCACCCGGAUCGGACGCAAUCCCUGCCGAGGUCUACAAGCACGGAGGUCCCCUACUGAUGGAUCACCUGACUGCGCUCCUCCAGGAGAUGUGGCGUCAAGGUGAAGUCCCGCAAGAUUUCAAGGACGCAACAAUCGUGCACCUAUACAAGCGCAAAGGGAAUCGCCAAGUCUGCGACAACCACCGCGGCAUCUCCCUACUGAACAUCGCCGGGAAGAUCUUCGCUCGCAUCCUGCUCAACCGCCUCAACAACCAUCUGGAACAGGGCCUUCUGCCGGAAAGCCAAUGCGGCUUCCGUCGUCAUCGCGGGACCACGGAUAUGAUCUUCGCCGCCCGUCAACUUCAGGAGAAGUGCCAGGAGAUGCGGACCCACCUGUACUCUACCUUCGUGGACCUGACGAAAGCCUUCGACACGGUGAAUCGUGAAGGACUGUGGAAGAUCAUGCAGAAAUUCGGCUGUCCCGAGCGAUUCAUUCAGAUGGUGCGUCAGCUGCACGACGGUUUGAUGGCGCGAGUCAAGGACAACGCAGUUGUCUCAGAGGAAUUCGCAAUGACCAACGGAGUGAAGCAGGGAUGCCUGCUGACGCCUAACCUCUUCAGUCUUAUGCUCUCUGCCAUGCUGAUGGACGCCUACCGUGAUGAACGCCCCGGGAUCCGCAUCGCCUACAGGACGGACGGUCACCUGCUGACUCAACGACGGAUGCACUUCCAAUCGCGCGUAUCCACAACUACCGUACACGAACUCCUCUUCGCCGACGACUGCGUCCUGAACACCACCUCGGAAGAGGAGAUGCAACGGAGCAUGGACCUAUUCUCCGCCGCCAGCGAGAACUUCGGUCUGGUCAUCAACACGCAGAAGACGGUGGUGAUGCAUCAGCCGCCGCCCAACUCAGCCACAGCCCCCAACGCGCCGCCGCAAAUCAGCGUGAACGGAAAUCAUUUGCAAGUAGUAGAGAACUUCCCGUAUCUGGGCAGUACCCUCUCCCACAACACCAAGAUUGAUGACGAAGUCGCCAGGAGGAUCUCGAAAGCCAGUCAAGCCUACGGUCGUCUCCGAAACACAGUUUGGAAUCGCCACGGUCUCCAACUGAGCACGAAGCUGAAGAUGUACAAGGCCGUCAUCCUGCCGACGUUACUGUACGGAGCAGAGUCAUGGACGGUGUACACGAGACAGGCACGCCGACUGAACCACUUCCACCUCAGUUGUCUCCGUCGCAUGCUGAGGCUGAACUGGCAGGAUCGAAUCCCCGACACGGAAGUACUGGAACGAACGGGAAUCCUCAGCAUCUACGCCAUACUGAAACAAAUGCAGCUGCGCUGGAGCGGCCACCUGGUGCGCAUGGACGACGAGCGACUACCCAAACGACUCUUCUACGGAGACGUCUCGACGGGUUCUCGUCGUCAAGGAGGCCAAAUUCGCCGUUACAAGGAUACUCUGAAGUCCUCCCUGAAGCGCCUGCAAAUCAACCCGACCAACUGGGAAGAGCUCGCUCGCGAUCGUCCGACAUGGAGGAGAACAGUGAAGACGGGCGCUGCUAUCUAUGAAGCCAACCGAAUCGCCGCCGCCAAGGCGAAACGCGAAGCCCGCAAAUCACAACUUCGCCCAGGCCACAACGCCGCCGCACAACCGCUCCCAACGUGUCCUCGAUGUCAACGGACAUUCCGGGCACGAAUCGGACUUGUUGGACAUCUCCGAACCAACUGCACCUCUCGAACUGCUCCAGCCAUCGUCCCCCCGCCCGCCUCUUCCUCCUCCCUUCCGCCAACUAACUCUGACACUCCUUCUGCACCACCAAUUCCAUCCUCCUCGUCCUCGUCGUCCUCCUCCCUCUCCACUGCCCCAGCGGCGACCGUUCAGACUGCUGUCUCACACAUCACCAACACCAACAAACCAACUAACAUCACCUCUCCCACCUCUCCCGAUACCACUGAUGAGGAUCAGGACUACACCUGUCCUCACUGUGACCGCACCUUCACUUCACGCAUCGGCCUGGUCGGUCACUUGCGAAUCCAUCGCACAGAGACUGGCGAACCAGUGCCUGGAGCACCAACCUACACCCACCGCACUCGCCUCCGCUGCCCACAAUGCCCUCGCACCUUCACUCAUCGCAUGGGUCUAUUCGGCCACAUGCGCAUCCACCAGAGCGGAAUUGACCGAAGCCUUGACACAUCCACCCCGCCGAGCCCCACUCCCAAUCCACCACCUUGUGCACCCACUAAACACUCCCCAGCCGACAUCGUCGCCACCGACCUUACCACCCCUCACUCCUCCCCCUCCUCCUCCUCUUCCUCCUUCACUGCCACAACGACGGCCGCUUCGGCGUCUGUCGCCCACGACUUCACCACAGCCGAACCUGACACAACAACAGGCACAACCCCUGCAACCUCCAUCAUCAGACGUGAGGGCCAGGACUACAUCUGCCCUCACUGCGAUCGCACCUUCACUUCACGCAUCGGCCUGGUCGGUCACUUGCGAAUCCAUCGCACAGAGACUGGCGAACCAGUGCCUGGAGCACCAACCUACACUCACCGCACUCGCCUCCACUGCCCACACUGCCCUCGCACCUUCAGGCAUCGCAUGGGUCUAUUCGGCCACAUGCGCAUCAACGAGAGCGGAAUUGACCACAAUUCCGAUACAGCCACGACAUCCAACACAUCCACCACGCCCAGACCCAACCUCGCUCCACCGUCACACGCGCCGACCACCACCACCACCGCCAACACCACCACCGCCACCACUGCUUCCUCUACAGAUGACACCGACACCGCCAACCUCUCAUGCCCACAUUGUCCACGCACCUUCACCUCACGCAUCGGCCUGGUGGGUCACUUGCGAAUCCAUCGCACAGAGACUGGCGAACCAGUGCCUGGAGCACCAACCUACACCCACCGCACUCGCCUCCACUGCCCACACUGCCCUCGCACCUUCACGCAUCGCAUGGGUCUAUUCGGCCACAUGCGCAUCCACGACGACCUGCGGUAG